AUGUUUGUUCAGGCUACGGUGAGAGAAGAGUCGACACUCUUGGACUUUGUCCAUUCAAACCUCGGGCCAUCCUUUCCUCAGUGGUUCUCCAAAAAGGUCGCUCGCUUUCGUAUUGGAGAUGGUCUUGUGCAGGUGAACGGAGUGCCCGAGCGCUUUUUGCAUUUGCAGCUGCAGGCAGGGGAUGUGGUUUCCAUUGACGCUCAUCGUGUGAGAGCAGUGCAUCGAGAACGGGCGGCAACGACAGAGAGCCGAACGGAUCGCCGUCCGGCGUCCGCACCAAACACUGAGCAAAGCAGCAUGCGGCGCAGCAUGCGCUUGCUUGAUCUGGUCCACCUGAAACUCGGUCUUUCUUUGAUGGAAUCCCGUCGUGCCAUCCAAGAAGGCCGGGUGCAGGUGGAUGCCACGAUCAUUGCAGACAUCGCGCGCUUCAUGGACUUGGACAGCACGCUGACCUUGCUGCCUCGCCCACAAGGCGUUCAGACCAGUGAGCUACGAAUUGAGCAUUUGGAGCUGGAGUUCAUGGUUGUUUGGAAACCAGCAGAUAUGACAGUGAAAGACCUCGAAGCACUGAUAUGCUUGGAGUAUGGUCACAGUGAGGCAAUUUCUCGCAUUGAAACGUUUUCGAGCGGUUUGGUUGUGAUUGGGAGAACGCCAGACAUGUCACGUAGCUUGCGCAGCAGUUUGGGCGAAGGAUGUAUGGGUCCAGAAGUGCAAGGCGUCGAAGGCACAUGUGGGUGGAGGACAUCAGCAGCGGAAGGCACAUUGUGCCACUAUGUCUUCUUGGUUGACUGUGACACAUCAAUGACUACAGAAUUGCGAAGAGCUCCACACGAACGGAUUCAAGAGCUUAGGCCUCUGAAAAGCUCAAGAUGGACCCGGAACCGAGGACAAAUUCAGAUCCUGGAAUGCAUUUGUUUUUGCCCUGUGCCGGGAACGAAGCUUCUGACGGCUAUACUUGCAGAGCUCGGAUAUGGCCUCCUGGGUCGGAAUGCGUGUAGCAAAGCAGUUGGCAAAAAACCGCUGAAAUGCUUAAUCGCUUGGAACUUCGUCGAUCGGCAACUGGAAGUGCGGGCUCCGAUUCCAAUAGCCUUUACCAAGACUUUUGAUUCACAACAAGAAGCCUGGCGUCGCCAUUGGCGAGUGUUUCGGAGCUUGAGCAACAGCGCACACGUGGAACGUUUCUGUGGGCAUGGAUUCCUUUGCGAUGGUGUCAUGAUUCCUCGCCUGGGCACGGAAGUGAUUGCGGAAGAAGCCGCCCGGCAGCUGAGCCUUGCAACUUCGUCGUCUCCAUCUUUGUUGGACGUGGGAACCGGAAGCGGUUGCAUUGCCAUCGCCGCGUUGCUGGGUCUCCCAGAGGAUUCAAAGGCCUUUGCUGUUGGUCUUGACAAGAGUGCCACCGCGGUGCAGAUAGCACAGACCAAUGGCAGGCUCCUUUUGCCACCACAAAAGACCUUCAUAGGACUGCAACUGUGUUUUUCUCAGCUGCAAGAAUUAGCAACUUCGGCAGAUGGCUUUGAUGUCAUUGUCUCCAAUCCACCAUAUCUUACGCGGCGCCAAGCUCAAGAGCUCGGCUAUGCAACACCGGUCGGCCCUGGCGAGGGUAGAGGAAGAGGCACCGUCGAGCCCAUAGAGUCCUUCGUUCUGCAGCGCAGCGCGCAAGUGGUUGCGGCUGUGGCGGCUUGUGAAGAGCGGCCGGGCAGUUUGGAUGGGUCCGUGGCGGUUUAUGGAUUGCUGCGGGCUGCGAUUGUGAAACGACGUGCCAAGUGUCCUCUCUUAAAGCAGCAUGGAGCUCUGGUCCUAGAGGUUGGAACGUCCCGAGCGUUUUCUGAUGAUUGCAGCGGUGUUCGUAGUUUCCCUAAAGAUCUAGGAACCAAAUGA